AUGUGGGCUAAGGGCGUUCUAGUCUCUAUACCGUCGUCCUCCGACUCCGGCGGUGGAGGCUUCCACUUAGACGAUGGUACUGGUGUUAUUGAGCUACAACUCUUUGGCGACUUCCGUAGUCGCAAUUGGGAAACGGGGAUGUAUGUGAUGGUGGUUGGGUUUUAUUCUGUCCGUGAUGAUGGUACCUCCGCGGUCAAGGUUCACAAAAUGGUGGAUCUUUCCCCAUUUCCAGAUAGGGAGUCUAUGUGGUACCUCGAAGUCAUAGAGGUCUUCAAAAUGUUCUACCAGCCUCUGUUCCAAGAUUGA